AAGUUGCUAAAUCCAGAUGCAGUUAGAUUGGAUAGGUUUGAUGGCACCAACUACAUGCAUUAGAAGGAUAAGAUGACUUUUCUACUAACAACACUGAAGGGUUCAUACGUUCUUGAUCCAAAACUGCAACCUAUCCAAGCAUCGAAGGAAAAUGAUUCUGAAGCAGUGAAGAAUGCAAGACUAAAGCGUGAAGAAGAUGAACUCAUAUGUCGUGGACACAUUCUAAAUUCUCUCACUGAUAGACUUUAUAAUCUGUAUCACAACAUGUCUUCUCCUCAAGAAAUUUGGAUUGCUUUGGAAAAGAAAUACAAGCAUGAAAAGAAAGGUACAAACAAGUUUCUUGCACUUAAAUAUUUAGAGUUUGAAAUGAAAGGUGGCAUUUCCAUCAUGGAUCAAGUGCAUGAAUUACAAAUUUUGGUAUCAAGAAUGUUAGAGUUGGAGAUAAAGAUUCCAGAGUCACUUCAAGUGGGGGCAAUACUUUCAAAACUUCCUCCAUCUUGGAAUGAUUAUAGGAAAAAGGUUAUGCAUUCAGAUGAAAUUUUGACUAUGGAACAGUUUCAAACACAUCUCCAAAUUGAGGCAGAAAAUCGUUCAAGAGAUGCAGUAUUGGCACCCUUGAAAGUUAAUUAUGUGAGUCAAAAUUCUGCCAAUCCUUUCCAGAAUAAACUCAAGCUUCUUAAGAAAAAUAGUGCUUUCAAGAAAGCUUCUUUCAAGAAAAGUCAACCUUGUUACUAUUGUGGUAAGAAAGGUCACUUCAUUAAAGAUUGCAAAUUCAGGAAUAAUGCAAGGAACUUUAGUUUUGGCACCAGUGCAAAAACAAGUAACAAGGCAAAUUUGAUUGAGCAUGAAUUGGUUGCUAUGGUUUUUGAUAUGCAAGUUGGGAUGGUGACUGAAUUGAACAUGGCAAAUCCAACCAAGUCUAUGGAUUGGUGGCUAGAUUCUGGUGCAACAGUUCAUGUGUGCAAUAACAAAGCACAAUUCAAGUUUUAUGAAGAUUUGAAGGAACUAGAGGAAGUGCUUAUGGGAAACAAUGUCACUGCAAAAGUUCUAGGUAAAGGCACAAUGGAAUUAAGGUUCACUUCAGGCCACAAAUUGACCUUGGUUAAUGUUUUCUAUGUGCCUGAUAUUAGAAAGAAUUUGGUCUGUAAAUCUGUUGUGUAAAAGGGGCUUGAGGGUUGUCUUAGAAUCAGAUAAGGCCAUUAUAUCAAAAAAUGGCAACUUUGUGGGGAAAUGUUAUUCUUAUGAUGGAAUGUUCAAAUUGAGUAUUAAUGAAAUAAAUAAUGUUUCUGCUU